GGAAGUGGGUGGGGGAAAGGGUUGGCUCCGUCCUUCCACGCGAAAGACAGGCAAGGGAGAGAGAGCGCGCGCGUGCCCAUUGCUGAACAUGCUUACUAUUAGAGAGUAAGCCCCAUUCAGGAGAGGGGGAAAUGGCAAAGGUAACUAGAAAGUCCCGUCAGCAGACUAUGGAAUUCUAACUCUUGCAAAACAGUUCAAGCUCCUUGGACUCAAUCAUAGGACAUAACAGUUUAUGACUGUUGACUUCCUUCGUAUACCUCUGAAGUUUCAGUAAUGGGGGUACAGCAUCUUAAGGACCAGAGCAGAAAUGGUUAUGUGGCUCAGCAGCUCUCUGAUUCCAAACGCAGAGCAGCAUUCAAAACGCAUCUAGGAAGAUAAAAAAACAGCCCGGAGAAAUCCCGCAUGGACAAUUUCUAAUGAAUGGAAAUGGGGGGGAAAUAAAAGACGUUUCUUGGCUCGGCUGUCGGAUAAUAUGUGAGACUCGUGUUCGCAAGGCGCUGCCUGGCACACGCCCCUGGGAGGGGCAGAGCAGAGGAUCACAUGUUUCAGGUCAGGACAGAUUUUGGUCCCCGCCUCCCUUGCCUGGAAGGAUUCAACGGGAGAGCGCAAUCAAUGAGCUGAGAACUGGAAGCCGGAAAGUCGCCCUCGGUAAUUAGGCGCUGACGUCUCUGGAACCGCUUUGAGAGUCCCUGACGGGGGUGAUCCGGAGGGUGAGGAAAAGGAAAGGGGACUGGAGCAUACAUUCGCUCCUCGAACACCUUGAUCCGCCCCCGCGGCUUGGCCCGCCAGCUAACGAGUGAAGCUCUUCCCUGGAGGGCCGUGAGUGACGGGCUACCCAAGUUGUUCCCAGAAGCUGCCGCGCUCACCUUGCUUCAUCCUGCCGCCCUGCCGUGCUGCUGCCCAGACUGGAAAGGGCGAGCUGUGGAGCGGGGCGCGGCCGCAGGGAGAACAGCAGGGCGAGCACUAGAACAGCUUCUGGUCUGCACAGCCUGUCCCUUCCUCCUUCCCUGCCCCAUACCAUGGCAACUCUUCUGAAGAGCCUGCUUGCUGCCUCGGAGAAAGCGGCCAAUAUUGCCCAGCUGUGUCGCCAAGAGGAGGCACUUUUCAGCUUGCUCAUUGAGGAGAAGAAGGGUGUGGACAAGAACAAGAAGUUCCUGCAGGAUUUCAAGACGUUGGCAGAUGUGUUGAUCCAAGAGGUCAUCAAGCAUGAUGUGGGAAAGGAGUUUCCAGAGCUACAAGAUCAUAUUCGUGGUGAAGAGUCUAACAAGUUUGAAAACGGCCUUGGGGAGACCGUGGUGGUGCAAGUUUGUCCCACCCAACAGGAAACAGCUGCAUUGUUGCAAAAAGUCCUGGAUCGGAAGCAGGCAGCGGCUGAAUUGUUAGCUGCUGCUAUUCAUCGGGAAGUGGUGCUUUCGGACCCAGCACUGGAUAAGGUGGCCGUGACAAUUCCCACAGACAGCAUGGCAGUGUGGAUCGAUCCCAUAGAUUCCACCAAUCAGUACAUCCGUGGGCGUGGCGACGUGACGCCUGUUGAUGGCAUCUAUCCUUCAGGGCUUCACUCGGCACUGGUGUUGAUAGGGGUCUAUCACCGGCACUCAGGGGAGCCUGUCCUAGGCAUAAUCAAUGAGCCCUUUUUCCAGGAAGGGCAGCCAGCACGCAGAUGGCAGAGCAAAUAUCACUGGGGCAUCUCCUACAGAGGCACCAACUUGAGCUCACUGAGCCAGCCCUUACUGCGGGCUGCUCCUCGUGUGGUGCUGAGCAGCAAUGAGAAAGUGGUGCUACAGAAGGCCCUGGCUCCCCUGUAUGGGGAGCAGCUGUGCUUUGCCUCGGGUGCCGGGUACAAGAUGUUGUGUGUGGCCUUGGGCCUUGCGGAUGCCUACGUGCUCUCAGAGGGCAGCACUUUCAAGUGGGACUCAUGUGGCCCCCAUGCCAUCCUGCGGGCCCUUGGGGGAGGCAUUGUUGACCUUGCAGAGGCCUUGAAGGCAUGGCGGGCUGGGCAACACACACUGCUGCCUGAACUGUCCUAUAACCAGCCUGUGCAGGGAGCUGUGGGUGCGGAGUGCUGGGCCAACCAAGGGGGCAUCGUGGCCUAUGUUUAUCAGGAGCAUCUAGAGGCUGUGAUGGCCACUCUGGUGGAUGCCUUUUAAACUCCUCCUGGGGGGUGGGGGCUUUGCUGGGACAUUCGUCUCUGCCUGAGGAAAGGAAGCUGACCCCCAGCAAGGGACUCUGUAUGACUCUGGCUUCUCAAGGGACAAAUCAAUUGUUGGUGGGUCCAAAUGCCUGAAUGGGGCUGGCUCGGAAUGAGUGGUGGUGUUCUUUGGCUGGCUUAUGUCUUCUCAGUCAUAGAAAACAUCACUUCUGGUGCAGGGGGCAGAAUCUAAAAUCAUUAUCCUCUAUCUGUGUUGCUAUAUUGUUCGUUCAUAUAUAUACACACACACCCGUGUGUGUGCACUUUUUUUUUAAUUUUGUGGGUAAAGCAGUAAAUAUGCCUUGAGACCAUUAAGUACCUUCCAUUAUAUUUGCUUCAGUUCUCACUGUCUCUUGUGUAGUGAGUAGCAUGCUGUACUAAUCCUCUGGCACAAGCAUCCUUUCUGUUGUGCCCAUCCCUUGUGACACUCUGGCCGACAUGAUGCACAGCGUUACAGAGGCAUGAUGCCAUAAGGCACUGCCAGGGCUGCUCACAACAGGCGGUUGUGCACACAGUGCUUUCACAGGUUUCCUCAUUCAGGUCAACAGGGAAACUUACCAAAGUGCUGCUUGUGCACCCACCUGUUCUGAGCAGCCCCAGCACUGCCUUUCAGGUCCACAGCAGCCCCACAGCAUUAUGCCUCUGUAAUGCUGCACAUCAUGUGAGCCACUGUCUGGAUUGUGUAGCUUAAUCUAUGAGGAAAUUGUGUGCAGCAGUGGCCAAUUUGAGGCUCUCCAGCCAUUCUUGGACUACAACUCCCAUUGUCGUCCGCCACAAUUGCAGCUGGGGAUGAUAGGAUUGGGUCCAACAGCAGCUGGAAAGCCUUGGGUUGGCCACCCCUGGGAUAGUGGAUGGAUGGUCCUGCUUCAUGGUGGGAGGUACCUAGAUGGCCUUGAUGUCCCUUCCAGGUCUACAGGGGCAGGGCAUAUAUCUAUGCCACAGCUUUAAACUGACUUAGCAGUCAUUUCUUCUUCCCCAGAGAAUCCUGAGACUUGUAGUUCUGUGAGCAGGCGAAGGCUCUUUCGCAGGAAUACUCACAGACCAAACCAUAAUUCCUAAAUUAUUUGGAGGAAGCCCUGACAUUUGAACUUCUAGGAAACUGACAUGAGUGUACAGUGUGGAUAUGUGCCUUGCUUCUAGGAACACUCUUCUACAACUUGCUGUCAUAGCAAGUUAUGAUAUUGCCAGGCUAUUCGUUUCUUGCAAUUCUGUAUGUGUGGGAUUUUGCAUAGAAUGUAGUAUUUGGCACAGGACUUGAUUGAUAUGGCAGAUUUAUAGGAAUUUUGAUUUUUAAAGCACACUUCUAGCUCUUCUGAUUUGAAGAUAUUAUUGAAAACAGGUACACAGUGUCAGCAAAAUAGUCAAGAAAGAGGCAUAGCCACCAUCUCUCCUUUCAGUGCUGUAGUGUACCCAUACCUCCGAUGCUUCUAACACAUACGCAUGUGUGUCCACGCAGGCACACACUGCUUUUUUUUAAAAGGUGUACAUACAUUUAAAUAUGUGGGAGCAGAAUAUAAAAGACUAUCCACUUAAUGUAGAUUUAUUUACUCUGAACACAGGAUGUGACUUUCUCGGUGCAGAAUAUAGACUUUUUUUUUUAAGCGUCUAUAAUGACGAUUACAAUAAUCACAUUUGGUAUUCUAAAGUUGCAAUCCAUUGCAUAUUUACCUGAGGGUAAAUCCCACUGAAUAUAGUGAGGCUUGCUUCUAAGUAAACAUGCAUGGGAUUGUACUGUAUGAGUAAUAAACUGCAGCUAAAAUGGAAUUGUAUGGAAUAUUCUCAGAUUUUAUUUUUUGAAAAACUCAGUAUAUCUGCAAUCUUAGACUGUGUACUAUUCCAAUAUUUAAUAAACAUACCAGUAUUUCUUC